CACUUGAGAGUGAUAAGAGUCAAAACUCAUAACACCUAUUUCACAAAACGACAUUACUGACUUGACUCUUUUGAACAUACAUUGGUGAUAAAUUAGCUCCUAUCCAUAUUUUCCAAACACAGUUGCCACUACCAGAGAGAGGGAUGGAAGGAAGGGAUAUGAAGAAAAACGAUUACAUUCCUCUGUUUGAGAGCAAGGCAGCCAAAUGGCGCGGCGUUUACUGGUUUUACGCGAUUUCUAUGGCUGUCUCCAUAGCAUUGAUAUGCGUCUACAGAGUGAUGCACUUCCCACAACAACAUGGACUCAGAAGAUGGACAUGGAUUGGCAUUUCCAUGGCAGAGCUCUGGUUCAUCAUCUACUGGAUCAUCACUCAAUUUCCUCGAUAUCGAGCUGUCUCCCGUUACACCUUCAAAGACAGGCUCUCAUCCAGAUAUGAGGACGGCCUUCCACGCGUGGACAUAUUUAUAAGCACAGCCGACCCUCAACUGGAGCCCCCACUAAUGGUGGCCGACACUGUGCUGUCGCUGAUGGCUUAUGAUUACCCUCCUGAGAAGCUCAGCGUGUAUCUUUCCGAUGACGGAUGCUCUGACUUGAUGUUCUACGCUCUUUAUGAAGCUUCAAAGUUUUCCAGAGUAUGGCUGCCAUUUUGCAGGAGGUUCAAUGUCGAGCUGCGGGCACCUAAUGCUUAUUUCUCUGCUGUUAAGAAAAUACCUAGUGAUGACCCAUCUUUGGCCAGAGAAUGGAGGGAGCUCAAGGAGUUGUAUAACGAAAUGGAGGUGCAAAUAACUGACAUCAUGAAGCUUGGGAGAGUUCCUGAUCAAUUGAGAAAGCACCACAAAGGACUUCGUGAAUGGGAAUCGGGCGCAAGCAGAAGCAACCACCACACCAUUCUUCAAGUGCUAAUUGACGGGAGAGGCAACAAGGAAGUGGACAUAGAGGGAAAACCAUUGCCUAUGCUCGUAUAUUUGGCACGUGAGAAGAGACCUGGGUACCCACAUAACUUCAAAGCAGGAGCCAUGAAUGCCUUAAUAAGGGUGUCAUCUAGGAUAAGCAACGGCCCAAUCAUUCUCAAUCUAGAUUGCGAUCACUACUCAAACAACUCACAAUCUGUGAGAGAUGCAUUAUGCUUCUUCAUGGAUGACGAACAGGGCCAUGACAUUGCCUACGUGCAGUUUUCUCAGUGUUUCGAUAACAUCACAAAGAAUGAUCUUUAUGGAAGUUCUUUGAGAGUGCCCAAUGAAGUAGAGAUUCUAGCCAUGGAUGCACAUGGAGGGCCACUAUACGUUGGCAGUUGCUGUUUCCACAAACGAGAUGCUCUCACUGGGAAGAAGUAUGAGAAGGGGUCACACAUCAACUGGAAACAAGUGAAUGAGAUACAGGAACCAGAAAGAGAAAUUCUACUAGAGGAAACAGCCAAGUUUGCAAACUGUAGCUAUGAAGAGAGCUCAUUCUGGGGCAAGGAGAUGGGGUUGAAGUAUGGAUGUCCUGUUGAAGAUGUGGUUACUGGAUUAUCAAUAAAGUGCAAGGGAUGGAGAUCAGUCCACUUUAACCCAGGGAGGAAAGGAUUCUUGGGAGUAGCUCCUGUGACGCUGUUAGGUACAUUAAUUCAGCACACUCGAUGGUCCGAAGGAAACUUUCAGAUAUUCCUGUCAAAAUACUGUCCUUUAAUAUAUGGCCAUGGAAAGAUCCCAAUACAACUUCAAAUAUCAUAUCUCUGCUACAACCUGUGGGGAGCAAACUGUUUGGCUACGUUAUACUAUGUAACUGUACCAACCUUUUGUCUCCUGAAGGGAAUCAAUUUGUUUCCACAGUUAUCAAGCAACUGGAUUCUACCAUAUGCAUAUGUUCUCCUAGCAAAAUACACAUACAGCCUGGGAGAGUUUCUCCGCUGUGGAGGCACACUAAUGGGAUGGUAUAAUGAUCAGAGAAUGUGGCUGUACAAGAGAGUUACCAGUUAUCUUUUUGGAUUCUGCCAAACAAUCAUGAGGUACUUGGGCUUCGCAAAGUUGGAUUUUGCAAUCACUGGGAAGAAUGUGGACGGUGAUGUAAUUAAAAGAUUUGAGCAAGAGAUAAUGGAAUUUGGCGCAGCUUCAUCAAUGUUCAUCAUUUUAGCAACAAUUGCACUGUUCAAUCUCCUUACAUCAAUCUCAAUCGCCAGAAGCAUCAUUAUCAAGAAGCCAGUAACAGAUUUGGAUUCUUUUGCAUUACAGAUUCUUUUGAAUGGGGUUCUGAUAAUAAUCAACUUACCCCUGUUUGAAGCCCUCUUCCUUCGGAAGGAUCAGGGUUGUAUGCCCACUUCUGUCACAUGCCAGUCAAUUAUCUUAGCUGUGUUAGCUUAUGCGAUAGGAUAUUGAGAGAAUAAAUUUCUACCAUGUGAAGAAACUAGCAAAUAUCUAGUCAUUGAAUGUACUUGCUGACAUUUAUGCAAUAUUAUUCAUGUUUCGAGAAA